UAAAUAGUAUAUCUCCCGUAGCAGACAAUGUUGUGAAUGUGCAUUGCCAUACGUUCAGAACGAAAGCACCAAGUUUUUAAAAAUUCUUUCAGAGUUUAAUCGAAAAUAAUGUCGUAGUUCUUCAAGUGUGAAAUAUUCCGUCCUUCAGUUGUUGAUACUUCGUAAUAUUUUGCCAUCCUAGCACAAGUUCCCAAUGGAGCUCACAAAAAUAUGUGACAAAUAUUUUCACUGCUCCAAUCUCUAUGACCUUUUCGGAAUUGAUAAAAACGCAGAUAGAAGAUCAUUAAAGAAAGCAUACUUCAAACGCUCUCUGAGAUAUUAUCCUGGCCUUUUAAUUGUGAGUGAGAGAAGCCAAACUGACCACGAAGCUUCAGAAAAGUUUAAAACCCUUUUUAAAAUAUACUCCAUUUUAAGUGAUAAUGAAAGGAAAUGGGUGUAUGAUAAAACAGGUUGUGUCUGGCUAGAUGAAGAACUUUUGGGACAUGAUUUUGAUUGGGUUGGUCACUGGAGGCUCACCUUUAAGAAAGCAAAUUAUGAAGCCAUUGUUUCUUUUCUGAAUAAGUAUCGAGGUUCUCAAGAGGAAACUGCCGAUAUCAAGCAACUUUUUAGGCUCUACAAAGGCAAUAUUCAAAAAAUAAUGAAUUUAGUCCUGUGUAGUACUCGAGAAGAUGAAAAAAGGAUCCAGGACAUUGUUCAGUUUAUAGUUAGUGCACAUAACCCAUAUCCAGUAAACCAUACUCCCAGCUGUAUUUUAAAGAACACUGCAAAAGAGAAAAAGUCUGUCAAACGUAAUGCUGUCAGUGAGGAAAACCCCCAAAAAAAGAGGCAUAGAGAGCUCUGAAGAAGAGCCACUCCAUCAUAUAAUUGUGAUAGGCAAAUAAAUAAAAAAACGUCGACAUAGCAUUACAUUAAUUCGACAUGUCCGGAGAACGAAACACGUUCCGAUCAACAUAGUCUACGAAUUUUAAUAAUUUUUUUUUUGUAUUAUUUAUUUGAAACUUGAGCUUUGCAUAAAAAGGCCAGACGAUUCGCCUGGGGAUGAUACUCCGCAGAGAAUUGGGCGCGGUUGUCACUGAAUUUCGAUUUGUCUGGAA